CGCUCACGCAUACAUCACCCUUUCACAAACCCUUUCAAGUUUCAUCAGAGAAGAAGAAGAAUCAUCAGGAGAAGAUAAUGUCGGGUGUGGGGCCCAUAUCGCAGGAUUGGGAGCCAGUGGUGAUAAGGAAGAAGGCACCAAACGCUGCGGCCAAAAAGGAUGAGAAAGCUGUCAAUGCUGCUCGCCGCGCCGGAGCUGAGAUUGAAACCGUCAAGAAAUCAAAUGCUGGAACAAAUAGAGCUGCCUCUAGUAGCACUUCUUUGAACACCAGGAAGCUUGAUGAAGAAACCGAGAAUCUUCACCACGACCGUGUACCAUCAGAACUAAAGAAAGCCAUCAUGCAGGCCCGACUGGACAAAAAACUUACUCAGGCUCAGCUGGCUCAGAUGAUCAAUGAGAAGCCACAGAUUAUACAGGAAUAUGAAUCUGGCAAAGCCAUUCCAAAUCAACAAAUCAUAGGGAAACUGGAGAGAGCUCUUGGUGCAAAGCUUCGUGGAAAGAAAUGAAUCAUAUGCUUUUAAUUAUGUGUUUGUGUGUCUUUCUGCUGAUGGAGCAACAAAAAUCUUUAUGAUGUCAUGAUAUGAAUACUUGUUGUAAGGAAUCUAAUCAGAAUUUAACCUAUGAAUGUCAUGUGAUCCAUGGUUUUGUGGUCUGAGUCAUAAUAUGGAACUAUGAAAUUCUAUGUCCCAAUGCCAAAGUUGGAGUGUUGUUUGUUCA